AUGGGAAAAGACUACUACAAAAUUCUGGAGAUCUCCAAAAAUGCUUCCGACGAUGAGAUCAAAAAGGCCUACCGCAAACUUGCGCUGAAAUACCAUCCAGACAAGAACAAGACUCCGGAAGCAGAGGAGAAAUUCAAACUAGUCGCCGAAGCGUACGAAGUGCUGUCCGACAAAAAGAAACGCGACGUCUACGACCAGUAUGGCGAAGCGGGACUCAACGGUCAAGUGCCGAUGGGUGAAGGUGCUCCAGGCGGAGGCGCUUACAAAUUCUCCUUCCAUGGUGAUCCUCAUCAAACCUUCUCUCAGUUCUUCGGCAAUAGCAGCCCCUUCGACAUGUUCUUCAACAUGAACAAUCUCAGCGGAGGCGGUGAAACUCGUCAAAGCUUCAACGGAAUGGAUUUUGAGCCAUCUGGGUACAACUCGUUCAAUGCGCCCAGAAAGCAGAAGAAGCAAGACCCUCCAAUCGAGCACAACUUGCAAGUGACCCUUGAAGAAGUCCUCAAAGGAUGCACCAAAAAGAUGAAAAUCAAUCGCAAAGUUGUUGGCUCUAAUGGAAUGGAGCGAAAAGAGGACAAAGUGCUCACAGUCAACGUCAAGCCCGGAUGGAAGGCUGGCACUAAGAUCACCUUUCCUCGAGAAGGCGACCAGAACCACAACACAAUUCCAUCCGACAUUGUUUUCAUCAUCAAAGACAAGCCACAUAAACACUUCAAGCGUGAUGGUGUUGAUGUGCACUAUACUGCUAAAGUCUCGCUCAAAAAAGCGCUGUGCGGAGGCACGGUGCAAGUGCCAACCCUGGAAGGCGACGACGUUUUGCUUCGCUUUACCGAGGUCAUCAGUCCCUCCACUCACCGACGCAUCUCCAAUCGUGGUUUGCCAUACCCGAAAGAGCCCGCUAAACGAGGCGACCUGAUCGUCAACUUCGACAUCAUAUUUCCCACUUCCAUUUCCGAAGAAAACAAACACAAACUGUCUGAUAUUCUUCCUUGA